GUAAAAGAUACCCUUCUUUAGUUUUUGGGACACCCAAAUCGUCCAAGAGUAUUAUUGGGAAAAGCAGUCCUCUCUGGCAGUACAUACUGGAUCACUCUUUGCGGGAACAUCCAAUUCUAAAGAAGCUGCGACUGCUCACCGCUGAUCAUCCCUGCAGUAAAAUGAUGGUGUCCUGUGACCAGGCUCAGCUUAUGGCAAAUUUGGUCAAACUCAUUAAAGCCAAGAAAGUUAUUGAAAUAGGUGUUUUCACAGGUUAUAAUACCUUGAAUAUGGCUCUUGUCCUGCCAGAUAAUGGCAGAGUUAUUGCAUGUGAUAUAAAUGAGGACUGUGUCAAAAUUGGAAAGCCACUGUGGAAGGAGGCAGGGGUAGAGCAUAAAAUUGACCUGCGGAUUAAGCCAGCAAUUCAAACACUUGAUGAACUGUUGGCCAGUGGAGAAGCUGAAACCUUUGACUUUGCUUUCAUUGAUGCGGAUAAAGAAAGCUGCAAUGAGUACUAUGAAAAAUGUUUGUGCCUCAUAAAGAAAGGGGGAAUAAUAGCUAUUGAUAAUGUCCUUUGGAGUGGAAGGGUGCUAAAACCAAGAAAGGAUGACUUGGCAACCCAGAGCAUCCACCACCUCAAUGAGAAGCUUUUCAGAGAUGCACGAGUCAAUAUCAGCAUGCUCCCAAUGGGGGAUGGAGUCACAUUAGCAUUCAAGUUGUAA